AUGCUGAAGCCAGGUGAGCCCAGCGGCUCAGCCUUCCUGAAGGUGGACCCGUCCUACCUGCAUCACUGGCAGCAGCUCUUCCCUCAGGCGCAGCUGAAGACUCCUCUGGCCCCAGCGCCGCCUCCACCUGACCGCCUCUCCAUCCCCAUGGACAGCCUGCGCCAGUCCCGCCUGCACAGCCACCUCCUGGCCUCCACGCACUGCACCUCCUCUUCUUCUUCUACGGCCUCCUCAACGUCUUCGUCUUCAGCAGCUGGAGCUCUCGCCCCAUCCUCCUCCAUCUCCAUCUCCACCUCGGCGGGGAUCUCCCAGCUGCCCGUUCCCCAGCAGAUCGCACUCUUCGGGCAGGCGUUGGCCCCGGUGUGUGCCGGGCCUGUAGGACCUGGAGGAGGAGGAGGAGGAGGAGACCUCAUGAUGGUGGUGCCCCCAGAGAACCAGCAGGGUCACAAUCCAGUGGCAGGGCUUCUCCAUCAGGCCAAAGAGCAGAGCUGCGGGGGGGUCGGGGUGGUGUCGUCCAGUGUGAAGAGCAGCUGUGGAGGAGAGGAGGGCAGUAAAGGAGCGUCGGCCAGGUUUAAGCUGACAUCAGAGGAGCUGGACUACUACCUGUACGGACAGCAGAGGAUGGAGAUCAUCCCUCUGAGCAACCACACAGGAGAGCUCAACAACCGUUGUGACAUGUGUGCAGACAACAGGAACGGCGAGUGUCCGAUGCACGGGCCCCUCCACUCACUGCGGCGCCUUGUAGGCACCAGCAGCACGGCGGCUCCCGUCACACUGCCCGACGUCCCUGAAUGGCUCAGAGAUCUGCCCAGAGAGGUUUGUCUGUGCACCAGUACAGUUCCUGGGCUGGGUUAUGGGAUCUGUGCGUCUCAGAGGAUCCCUCAGGGGACCUGGAUUGGCCCCUUCCAGGGAAUCCCUCUGCUGCUGGACAAACUGCACUCUGGAGCCGUCAGGAACAGCAGACACCUGUGGGAGAUCUACGAUGCAGAAGGGACGUUACAGCACUUUAUUGAUGGUAAUGAUCCCAGUAAGUCCAGCUGGAUGAGGUAUAUCCGCUGCGCCCGGCACUGUGGGGAGCAGAACAUGAUGGUGGUCCAGUACAGGUCCUGUAUCUUCUACAGAGCGUGUAUGGAUAUCCCCAGAGGAACAGAGCUGCUGGUUUGGUACAAUGACUCCUACACUUCCUUCUUCGGAAUCCCCCUGCAGUGCGUCGCUCAGGACGAAAACUUAAACGUCCCAGCCACAGUGGUAGAAGCGAUGACCAGGCAGGAGUCCCUUCAAUCUUUCAGCAAGAAUGGCAAACCUUCCUCCUCCUCGUCUUCCUCUUUGUCGAUCCCUUCCACUGCACACAUGCGCUCCAUGGUCUUCCCCCACUCCCCCUGUCCAAGGAAUUUCUCCCUGUUAGACAAGGUUGGGGUCGGGAUUGGGAUUUCCUCGGACUCCAGUUUUGGCCAGUUGGGGUCGAAGAACCAGCGAGUCCUGGCAAGCCCGACCUCCACCAGCCAGCUGAGCAGCGACUUCAGCGACUGGCACCUGUGGAAGUGUGGCCAGUGCUUUAAAACCUUCACCCAGAGAAUCCUGCUGCAGAUGCACGUGUGUCCGCAGAAUCCAGACAGACCGUACCAGUGUGGCCACUGCUCCCAGUCCUUCUCUCAGCCAUCAGAUUUGAGGAAUCACGUGGUGACACACUCAAGUGACCGACCCUUCAAAUGCGGAUACUGCGGUCGCGCGUUCGCUGGCGCCACAACGCUCAACAACCACAUCCGCACGCACACCGGGGAGAAGCCGUUCAAGUGCGAGCGUUGCGAUCGCAGUUUCACACAGGCCACUCAGCUCAGCCGCCACCAGCGACUCCCCAACGAGUGUAAACCUGUGAAUGAGAGCAGCGAGUCCAUCGAGGUGGAUUAACCCCCCUGACUGUUCAUUGACUGACAUGGCUCCACGCUCAGGCGGCUACAUCUGAAAACGCACCUUUCCAACUCUGUGUUUCCUCUCCGUCCACAACCAGCCAGCAUAUUCAUCACCCGAAUAUACAUUUUUAACCGUAACCCAAAACUCCGACUUUAUGUUUUGCUAGGAAUUGCUAUAAGAACCAGGUAAUGGAACUCUGUUAGUAUCCAGGAUUCAGCUUAGUUGGGAAGUUUAUAUAAACAAAUACAGUUUUUUUAAUUAUGCUAACCCAGAAAUAGACACAGUUUAAACGAAAAUGAGAAGCCUGGACAAAGAUACAAUAUUUAACUGUAGGUAGAAGAUACAUGAAAUAAAAUGUUAGUAUACAAACAUAUCUUCACCAGGAUGACUGAUCCAACCCUUAACCCUUAACCCUAACCCUAAGGGAAUAGUUUUGAAGGAGACUCCAAAACAAGUCAAUUGUACACAACUGCAGUGUCAGUCACGUGAAUGCAGCUUUACACUAAUAUAUUUUUCUUAUAGCUACAUUUUAAUUAAUAAAAUUGUUAUCGCCGUCCUGUCCAGUGAAGGAAGGGUUUAUGAGUUAUUUGAAAAACUCGUAAAAAGUUUGGAGAUACAUGGUAUUCACAGGACAGCGAAAUAUGAUGAUCUUAUAGAAAUUGAUGCAUUACUGAAGAACAAAGCACCCUGCAGUAUAUUAAAAAGUUACAAUCAACAGACCCUUAAACAUCUGUGGCAGUAAAUACACAUUAAUGCAGCAAUAAUAUUAAUACACAAUAGUAAAACACUGACGGAACAUUUUGAUGAACAAGAGUAGUUUUACUUCAACUAUUUUAUUUAAGUUUAAUUACAUAGUUUUAGAAUUUAGUUUUUUUUACUCUGUAUAAUAUACGGUAGCCGACAGGUGCAAACGCGUUACUAUUGCUAAAUGUAUCAUCUCUGAAUGAACACAUCGCUCUGGUCCCAGCUGUGUGCAUACAUUUUUAGUGUCCCCAUUUCCGUUAUGUUUUGUGCUCCCAGCAGCGUUUUGUAUUUGCAGUGUUUAGUUUAUGCAUCACUUUUAGCAAACGCUGCGCAUGUCUCGUCAAGUUUGUGAAGAUGGUUCUUCAUUUGCAUGAGAUUUGACAUAUUUGUGUUUAUUUAUUUGCAUCGUUUUUAAAGUGCAGCCAUUUCUCCUAAUGCAAAUGUACGGGGCCGUUACAGCGCGUUUUGCAUCUGUCGGCCACCGUAAUAAUUCACUGCAAAAGUAUUUUGAGCAUUUAAAUGGAAGUGUAUCCAAUCUGUACCAGCAAAUAGUGACCAGAAUAUAAAAGCUUCAACAAACGUCUGUAGAAGUCAUUAUCAAAUAAAUUGUGACAGUAGGCUACAUUUUAAAACACAUGUCCGUUCUGUGAUUACACUUCGGCUCAUUUUAAAUAUGAAUGCAUACCAUUACAAGGUAUUGAAGUUGUUAUUAAAUAUGUAGGUGUGUAUUCUAUACUGAGACAAUUACAAUAGUAUUUUUUGGAUUGAAAGUAAUUCACAAUCAAUAAAUACUAAUUGGAAACAGGUAGCAUGUAGGAGCCCUUAGAUCUCUUUUAAUACUUAACAAACAUCAGUUGGGAUUGACAAAGACUGAACUGCUUCAGUGUGGACGGAGAUACCGAAUAUAAUUCUAAAGAGCGGUUUCAGAUUUAGCCGGCUACAUUUUGACUUAAGUGACUGACUGACUUCUGGACAGGAGAGACUGUAAAGCAACAUUCAUCCUACUGAAGAGAAUCCAGAUUCAACCAAACCAAAGAAACCCUUUUUUUGUCUCCAGCUGAGAAAAUGAACUUUCGCAUGAAGCGGUCUGACUUACGAACUUUUGGACUACGAUAUUUAUUGGAGACUUUUCGGGAAUCCUGUCAGGUUUCCCUCCAAAGAGUUCUUUCUUGAAACCGGGAGAAGAACAAUGAUAUACCAAAAAAAAAAAACAGACUGACCGGUCUGUAUGUAGCUUUACGUCUCGGAUUCUUUGUUUCCCUUUUUUUUUGCAACAGCGAUGCCAAAGGAGGGCGCGACCAAAGCGAAUGCACAUGGAGCAACUACACAAACUUCUGAGGACAACGCUCCACUUUUACAUUGAAAGUACACAAAAUAAAAUGAUAAGGAGUAUGUAUUGUAAAAAAAAAAAUAAGAAAAGAAAAUAAUGGACAAACCAACAAAUUAUAUUUAUCUUUUUUCUCAUGCUUAUCAUGCUUUGGGCACUAUGGUUUUUUUAAUUGUUUUAUUUAAUGUUGACAGAUGUAAAGAUGGUGAAGAAAGGAGGGAAAUACUGAAGAGAUUAUGGAUGUGAUUUCUUAUAGAAAUAAUCCUGCAGUUUCAAAGAAAAUGUGUUAAAUAUGAAGUUGACACAGCAUGUGUUAAAAAAGUGUUUUUGAUUGUUUUGUUCACGGUCAACUUUUCUAUUUCUUUCUUUUCAGAUUUAAGUAUAAAGAUGACAGCUAAUCAACUGAGGCACAAAUAUCAUAAAAAACAAAAAGAGCA